AUGGGAGUGCCCAACAAUGGGAAGACCUUCAGUGAGAAGAGCACCAAUGUGGGGGGAGACGCAAGUCAGCCAGAGACCAAAAAAAUGCACAGAUUGGUUAAUGAAGAGAAGGGGGUGCAGGACGGGGGCAAGAGCGAAGCCGAGGAGGAACUGAAGAAAGCCAAGGAGGAUGUGCAAAAGGCUAAAGACCUCGCUCACGAAUGCGAAAAGGAAAAAAAGGAAUCCCUGAUGGCAGCAAAAACUGCACAGAACAACCUGCAGGAGUGUACCUAUAGUAGCGGGGUAGACCUCACUCAGUGCAAAGCAGAGCUGAGUGAUCGAGAAAAGCACCUGUACGUGUGCAGGGAAAACGAAGACAAGUGUUAUGCUAAAAUAAAGUAUAUGGGCAAACAGCACGAGGAAAGGGUAAGUAGGAAGGAAAACGAAACAGCAGAGUUGAGGAAGAAGGUACUAAGGUUAGAAAAGGCUCUGGAGGAGAUGGAGCUGGAGUUGAAGAUGAAGAAUCACGCAGAUGAUAGUAAAAGUCACAACGAGGACAAAGACAGCAACUACCUAAUUUCAUUCCCUAUGGUGCGAAGUUAUUUCAUAAAGGUAUUAAAAAUAUACAAAACAUUUUAUAUAAUAAUGUUCGAACAGACUAACUUAUUAGGGUUCCUCUCCCAAUUAGCCCUCCAUAAGGAUGCCAUGAUGACACACCUCAAGCUUUGUGGAAGGCGUACAAUGCAAAAGCUUCAUCAGUACAAAACCUUCAUUGGAGAAUGUGAUUGGGUGACUCGACUUUUAAACCUUUACGAAGAUUCAUCUCUGAGUCAGUAUGUACAGUUGAUUAAAAGGAAAGCUGGAAAUUUUGUCUUUACGGCAAGGCGAUUGUUCCUGCAAAAAGUGGUGCACCCUGUGAGUCGGAACAUCUACCCCCAGAUGACACAAUCGAUGAGGAAUAAAUACAUGAACAUCAAUUGGGAUCUGUUCUUGCACAAGUUACAUAACAAUUCUCAAGUCCUAGUGGUGAAGUUAAAUUCUAUAAACCCAGAACUGCAAGGUAUUAUUUCCCCUCGGUUGGAAGAUCAGCUUAUUUUGCUCAUUUUCUUCACAGCGGUGAAUAUCAUUCACUUGUACUUAUUUUUUUAUUUAUUGUUCCUUUUGAUUAAGCUAUUGAAGAGGGUGAGUAUGUAUAUGUUCAUGUGGAGUUACGUGUUCUUGUCGGUGGCUUAUCGAUGUACCGUCUUUGUGCUGACGCUGCCAAUACGGCCGUUCAUGCGGAAGCGGGGCAAGCGCAGUAGGAAGGUGUACCGCAGGCACGAUGAGAGGACUUGCGCGAACCCGGAGCGUAUCUCGUACCAGCAUCAGGAGAUUAAGAAGGUGCACAAGGGGCAUAGCGUCCACCAGCGGAGGGGGUGA